UCAUGGGCUCCUUCGCCUGCGACGCGGACAAGGGAAGGGAGGGAGGAGCGGGAAAAUCGGGACGGAUCGAUCUCGCAUCACAGAGACCGCAUCUCAGCUCAAAGCCAAAACGGAAAGCAACCAACGCACCGUGAACUGUCGUUUUGCCUGGAGUGGAGUAUAUACACAUAGAAACGACGCCGCCACCACGGACACCACCGAUGGUGCGCGCACGAGCACGACCGCGCGGCGAGUGGCGACGGAUCCAGGCAGAGGCACCAGCACGCACUCGCACUCGCAGAGGCACCCACCCAAAACCAAGAGCUUGAGGGCUCAUCCUGCGAUCCCGUUCCCUGCCGGCUGCCGCCAUCAAGAUCGGUUUGUUUUUGUUUUCUUUAACAGCCCAAUGCGCCCUUAAAGCGGCGCACGAAUGCCACGAGCCACCGAGGCGGCACCACCGCCGCAGGCUUUCCAGUGCACCCCAGGGCGCCACCCGGUCGCCAUGGAAUCCCGCUUCGGCUUCCGCUACUCCUCCGGCGACGUGCGGUCCGGGAGCUCGCUGUCGCUUGGGGAGCGCCUCUGCGCGGUCUUCUUCCCCUUCAUCGCCAUCGCCGAGGCCGUUUUCUUCGCCUUCACCGACUGCCUCGCGGACCUCUGCCCCGGCUCCGACUCCUCGGCCUCCGGCGCGGGCGCGUCCUCCUCCGACGCCAAGAACAGUCGGACCAACCACCACCACCACCACCACUACAGACCUUUCCUACGCCGCGCCGCUGCGGGUGGAUGGACCUCCCUCAACCUCCGCCAGCUCGCACGCCUCGCCGACGAGUCCGGAUGCUUCUCCGUCAACGAGGUCGAGGCGCUCUUCGAGCUCUACAAGAAGAUCAGCUGCUCCAUCAUCAACGACGGCCUCAUCCACAAGGAAGAACUCCAGCUGGCAUUGUUCAAAACUCCAAGCGGCGAGAAUCUUUUUCUUGAUAGGGUUUUUGAUUUGUUUGAUGAGAAGAAAAAUGGUGUGAUCGAGUUUGAUGAGUUUAUUCAUGCUCUAAGUGUCUUCCAUCCCUUGGCACCAAUGGAAGACAAGAUUGAUUUUGCAUUCAGGUUGUAUGACUUGAGGCAAACUGGGUUUAUUGAACGUGAAGAGGUUAAGCAAAUGGUAAUUGCUAUUUUGAUGGAAUCUGAUGUGAAAUUAUCAGAUGACCUACUUGAGGCCAUUAUAGACAAGACAUUUGAAGAUGCUGAUGCCGAUAAGGAUGGAAAAAUAAAUCAAGAAGAGUGGAAGGAAUUUGUGUUACGCCACCCUAACCUGUUGAAGAACAUGACACUGCCUUAUCUGAGGGACGUCACAACCGUUUUCCCUAGUUUCGUCUUCAACACAGCAGUGGAAGAUUAAGCAGUAUUGGGAUUGCUUGAGCUGCACAGGGUUCCUGAACCUUGAUGACUGUUGGCUGUCAAUUAUGUCAACGUGCGGCAUUCAACCACUGAGAAGCAGAUGCAAUCCAUCAUGAGAACUUGGUGGUGAUAAAAAUAUCACCACUGAUGGCUGAACAUCAAGGCUACCUGAGCAUCACUCCUGCAAUAAAUUAAGGCUCGUACGGGAUGGUGGAUCGGCAACGAAUUAUAAUUUAUGGUUGCCGUUUUUGUCCGGCAAUACAUUGAGUUGGUAAUUAACUGUAAAUACAGCUAGUAUUCACUCAGUAGACAGAAAAUCAGGAACGUGUACAUACGUUAGAUUUUAUGAGGAAAUCGAAAAGUUCCUGGUAUGCCAGCCAGAUCUGGAAUCAGGGGUUGUUUCUUGCUCAAUGCUCUCUUCUGAACACAAACACCUGUCAAGACUGCACUGGCCACUGGGUACCAUGAUCGGGAAUCUGUCGGUCAGUUGUCCGAACUUUCUUUUUCGCUGGCAGAAAGUAGAUGGAUGAAAUUGUUAAUGACCGUUGUUAAAGAAAUGGAUAAGAGACCUCGCGCUUCUGUUUUGAUUA